UAUUGAUAAUUUAUCUUACAAAUAUUUAUUUCUCGAGGGUUUAUUCAUUUAUGUCUUGUGUGUUUUGGUUGUCUAAUUUUCUCUCAGCUGUGCACACAAUGGCCAGUCCGAAUGCCAGUGGCUAUGAGCAGAUGCGACUAAUUCAAGCUGACCCUGUCCGGAGGAGCAUUUCAGUGUCACUAACUCAGGUCUUUGUGUGGCCCUUCGUCUACCUCAUCUUCCUCAUGCUUUUAAUAUUCUCCAAGAAAGAGACUUUCAGAACAGAAACACGUUAUAUAUUGUUUGGUCAUUCUCUCCUGGUAGACCUAAUAUUUCUUUGUCUGACAGAUAUUGUGGUGGUCUUAUCAUAUUGCUUUGUUGUAAUACCUCUUCGUUUCUGUAUCCCCAUCUGCAUGUUGUUAGGGGCAGUCACAGCAUGUGCACCACUGACGAUUGUAGCCAUGUGUAUGGAGCGUUAUGUGGCUAUUUGUAUGCCACUGCGACAUCAUGCAAUCUCCACCUCUAGAAGAGCCCUAAUAGUGAUUUUAAUGAUUUGGAUCCUGAGCUCCAUAAACCCAUUUGUUGAUAUGUUCAUCCUAAUUAGCACUGCCUCUCGUGAAUAUUUGUCUCAACUAACAUACUGCCACUAUGAGAUUAUGGUUCCAGAAAAGAUGCAUCAGUUUGCUAGGGGUAUGUUGUAUAUUGUGGGGCUUGUGGUUAUUUUGACAGCUGAGGUCUAUUGUUAUGUAAUGAUAUACCUUGCUGCACGUGCAGCAUCUGGUGACAAUAAGAAAUCAGCAUCAAAAGGGCAGCGAACUAUUUCCCUGCAUAUCCUUCAGCUGGUUUUAUGUACGGUUGAGGUCAUGUGUCCUUACAUUGAAGCUGUAGUGAUGCAAUAUGAUAUUAAUAUAUACCUGAUUGUCCGAUAUGCAAAUUUCCUUGCAUUUAGUAUCACUUCUAGGGCAGUAAGUCCUCUUGUAUAUGGAUUUAGAGAUGAGAAAUUCCACACCGCUCUGAUUUAUUAUAUCAGAUGCAAAAAUAACACCAUCUCAUCUGACACAAUUAAACAAUCAUGA